GUGGUGUUCCCCUUGUUGUCUCCAGGAAUAGGGCAUCCAGACAGCACCCCCACAUCCAACGUACCCGCGUCACCGUCCUCGUGCUUCGGGUGCAAGGCAUUCGUGCGCGUUGAACGUGCAGCGGCAGUACUGGACGCAUGUCAGGCAGCUCAAAGCAGCAGCCACACGGGGGUGCGUCACAGGAUCGUCAGCCACUUCCAGAAAAUAUACACCCAGUUCAACCUCUCCUGGACACCGCUACCAACGACGUCUCCUGCGGAAGGAGGAGCAUGUCCCCUAGCAGCCCCUUGUCUCUGUCCAUCGCAGUAACGAGGCCAUCGAGCGUGGCCCUUGGCGUGUCGGUCGCCUUCGCGUUGCUCUCGGCGAGCUGUGGCUGGGUGUUGUCAGGGACAAGAAUCUCCGAUGUUUUUCGAGCUGUGAGGGUGCUGCCUCCCCGCGAAAAGCCCUCGCGAGGGGAUCUGCACAAGCAACAGGAUGCGUGCCGCGCAGCACCCCCGUGGGACGCCAGCAUUUCGGAGAUGCGGGAUGCGGUUGAUUCGUUCGUGGCAAGGGACUACGUUCCCCCUGUAUGGGCGCGUAACGCUCACCUCCACACCAUCGUCGCCUCCGGAGACAUGGAAAAAAAGCUCCUCGGCGACAGAGCGCCGCUAGAGUAUUGGAGAGAGCGCUGGCCCACAUCCGACGGGGAUUUCGUGGACAUAGACUGGCUGCCCGCCGAGGAACCCGUCAACGACGACCCCAGGGAGAAGACCUCAGGGCGUUUAGACACCGACACUAGCCAGGCUGCUGCUGCUGCUGCUGGAGCUGGAGAUGCGCUGCUCAAUGGAGAACUCGAAGGCACCAUCAAUAAAGGGCUCGACUUGCAGAUGAGGGACGACAUGAAGAAGCUCCGAGAAAUGGCCGAGUUGGCCGAGCGCGCUCACGAAAACGACCUUGGUCUUGGCCACCCGGCGGCGCCAGAGCCAGUCCACGAUAACGACCCGUCUUGGAUGGCGGAGAGGAGCAAGGGGAAGGGCGGCCAAGGGAGCGGGGGCACGCGGCGGCUCGUGCUGGUGCUCCAUGGGCUCGAGGGGAGCUCGACGGCGCCGCUUACCAAGCGCUUCUCAAAAGUCUACACGAAGAACGGAUUUGACGUGGCGGCACUGAACUUUCGGGGGUGCAGCGGGCAGCUCAGCAAAUAUCCUGUGGGCUAUCACCUUGGUUUCACCGAUGAUCUCCUUCACGUGAUCGAGGAGAUCCACCGCAAAUUUCCAGGCACGUGGGACCGGAUUUACCUGAGUGGUUUCAGCCUAGGAGGGAACGUCAUCGUCAAGUUCUUGGGGGAGCAGGGCGAUCGCGCGCGGGACCUCGGCAUCUACGGCGCGGCGGUCGGCUGCGUACCGUUCGAGCCUAAGAUCGCAGCGGAGAAGCUCGAGAAAGAUCCCAUUGGAAGAUACGUGUACACACCGAUCUUCAUGGGGUGGAUGAAUAUGAAGGCCGCUGCUCACGCCAAGGCCUUCCCGGAGAAGCUCAGCCUCGAGACCGUGCAGAACGUCAAGACCUUCACGCAGUUCAACAGCCACAUCGUGCCUCCUGUCUUCGAUUUCUCCUCCCCAGACGAGUUCUACGAGGACGUGAACGCGUCCAACUACCUCUCGAGAGUUAGGGUGCCGCUCAUGGUGGUCAACGCCAAAGACGACCCCUUCAUCGACGGUGACCACUUGCCGGAGCAGGAGAGGGCCGCAGGCGCCCCCGUGCGCCUCGUCUACCACACCUACGGGGGGCACUGCGGGUUUAUGUCCGGCGUGCUGUCGAAGGCUCUCCAGCAGAAGACCCCCGGGCGUCCGCGCAAGUGGGGCGGCUCCCCCUGGGGGGGGAGCUGGGUUCCUUCGGCCUGGCGUGACGGUCCCGAGUCCGUUCCUGAGGCGCCGGAUGCGGAGUACACCCCGCCGGAAGUGGAUGCCGUCCUGUCCGCUUCGGACACACCGCCUUCCAUCAACGGAGCUCCUUUGGAGACCGAAGGGGGCGGCAGUGCUGGGGAUGGGGUGGGCAGUGAAGAAGGGGACGCGCGGCAGGCUGCGGGGGGAGACACCAUGGUGAAGGAAGGCAGGUGGCUGCCGACUGAGCUGGCGCGGUUCGUGACGCACCUCGAGCACUCCCUGCACAAGGACGGGAGAUCGGAGCGGAGAGGGGCGGGAACGUCGGCCGCCGGCCCGAGGUCCUGUGUGCGAUGACGCGGUGCAAGGCAGCAUGCGGAACGGAGCAGCAAGCAAUCCUCGAACCAACGGGCCGCGAGGGGCGUAGCGCGGCGAAUCUUACCUUCCGUCACAUUCCCAAUCGUGCAUGUGUGGUGUCAAUACUGCUGUAUCUUGUUCCUUGCGGCAUGUCCUUCGUCUCGAUGGGCCUUCAAAUGUUUAUAUUGCCCGUGGGGAAGGCUGUGGUCCUACGAAGACAAAUUUUAUAUGGGUUAACGCUCUUUGGUACCCCUGUUUGGGGGUGCGCCCCCCCCCCACCAGAGGGGUUCCGCAACAUCGUACGGAAGUAUGGUUAAGCUUGCCCCCAUCGAGUGCGUAGCUUGUGUGUUGAGUUUUGGUCUGAAACCCUCGCUGGUGUGCAUCGGAAGAAAUAUCUUGCGGCACUGUAUAGGUUUUUCUACGCGCCACAGCUCUCGAGGUGUCGUUCUUUUCACGCGAGGAUUCGGCAGGCACUGCGCACGUCCCUUCUCCACAGACUCAAGUGCGCUUCUUGACUACCACUGGCCAACCGUUGGCUUAUAGGUGUUGCUGCACCGUUUACGGCGUGUUUGUCUUCCACGACGGACGUCGCUUGAAAUGCAUAGUCAAUGGGCUAGACGAUAUGCCACGGGGACGUUGUUUGUUGCGAAUUGCAUGGUCAGCGGGUUAGAUCAGGACAUCUCACGGGGAAGUUGUUUGUUGCAAAAUGCAUGGUCAGUGGACUAUAGACCAGGAUACGCCGCGUCCCUCAGGAUCCGAAAAGGCGACGGCUGUUAGGAAUUUCCCCACCCUCGGUCAACUAUUUCGUGGAAACCGGUCCGAUCCGGGCUUGGAAACGCACAAAUACAGAAGUGAUGCCCCAAGGUUGCUGAUGGGAGGUGAGGGUCGUUAGGGGAGCCCACGGCAACCGCGGACUGUGGCAGAGAAGGGCGAGUUUCUGUUAUUGUUGUUGAACCUUGCACGCUGCUGUUUGACAAGUAAGAGCAGUCGGUGCUCUUGCUCGACCUUCUUGCGUCUGCCGUCUGCACCUUGAGUCUGUGCUGACGCGACAAAGACGUGUUACCCUUGCUGGGCGGCAGCCUUUCGUUACGAGGGGGGUGAGUCGCGCGGGCGGUUUUCUUGAUGAUGAUGGUGUCCUAGGUGGCCCCUGGUGGGAGGUGUGGGGGAUGGAACUGAUGCAUGGGUGUCUCACGUACUGCCAGUAGCUCGUCAUGGGGGCGACAACUCGUCGUAGCUAGUUUGCGGCAGCCGCAACGCAGCAGUUGGUCGUUUCGGGAAUUGAUGUGUUCGUUACCGUCGGGGGCUUUCAGACACACGAUCGGUGGAAAACAAAUGUCAAACUAUUAGGCUUCACGUGCGUUCGAAACUAGCCCGUGGGAUGAUUACGCUAGCGGUUCAUGGUGCGGGCGGUGGGCUUGUUGUUGGGCUUGUUGUUGACAGAUCGACGCUUGCGGUAGGAUACGAGCGUUGCGUAGCCAGCUUCUGCAAUUCCCCUCGCAAGUUUUACCUGUAGAAGCUGCAGUGCCGGAUGCUCCGACGGCAUACCAGCCCGGGUACAAGUCAUGGUGGAUCCGUCAGCAACGGUUUUCAAGGGCGGUCAAAACCAGUUUUCGGGGUGGUUUUUGUUGUGCUGUCUGUCCUGGGAUGCUUUCGAGUGAGUGGAUCACUAAAACCUUUCAUGCACUACGCAACAAUGAAACGAAAGAGUGUGGGCUGCAUAGUACAUAAAUAACGGGGAUAAUAGGUGGAAGAGUGGUGUUGGGCUGGCUUAGGGGGGACCUGUUGGGCCGCGGAACACGCCGAGGCGCGGAUUUCGGUGCAACGAAUCUAGCUAUCGUACGGCGAGGAGCGCUUACUUAUGCGCUGAGAACAAGUUCAUGGUUUCUUCGCAGGAACCGCAGGUCUUGCGGUCCUCCACAACAAGUGUUGCAUGCAUAGCCACGGCAGCAUCACGAGUGGGGAAGUACUCAAAUCUUCUGCGUAUAGUAUGGGAAAUGCUCAAAGGACGUAUUGACCGAGUUGGGGUAAGCACGCCCUUGGUAGGUAGCGUUGAGUGUGCCGAGAGAAGCACUGGAUUUCAGCUGCGUGAUCGGAGGUGUUCGAGAAUUAGGGUCGGUGCGGUAUUGAACGUUGUUGACGACAAAACACGCAUUCCAACAGAUGCGUUAUUUGCACCGCUUUUUCUUCCUACUUUACGAACCAGAUUUUGCGAGCGCAACUAGUGUGGAAACGACGACGCCCGGUAGUAGUAGCAAAUGAGCCGGCUUCCCUGUUCGAAUUACAAGCGAGCUGCGCACGUGCAAGUGCUACCAGAGUCGGAAAUAUAGAACAACACAACGAGUGAUUCGGAGUUUCAAAAAAAGUCAAGGCUUCG